CGCCCUUUCUGUCUUGUAUUGAUACUCUAAAGAACGUCUAUUAAAUAUUGUAAAUGGCAACGCUUUAUUUUCUUGGACUAUUCUUAUGUUUUCUUAAUCGCAGUGAUGCCAUUCGAUGUUUUCAAUGUCAGUAUGUAACACUUCCAAGCGACUGUACAAAAAUACUAGAAUGCAGUGCAGAUGAGCAUUGUUUCACAGAACAAGUGGUUACAUCCGCUGGAAGUUUUAGAUUUAACUCGGGAUGUGUUCGCAAUACGAAUUGCCCUCCUACUGGCAUAUCACUUAUUGGGAAAAGGGCGACAAACAGUAAACGUUCAGCUGAUAUCACAACAUGCUACGAGUGCUGCAAGGACGAAUUUUGCAACAAGAUAGGUUGUGGAACAACUGAAAUUCCUCUCGCACAACGAGGUCCAUACUGUUUCACCUGUGAUGCUGCGACUGACGCUAAGUCUUGUAGUGAUGUAACUGUGUGUGGUAAAAACGAGGUGUGUAUGUUGUACUCUCCAGUUGAAUAUGAUGGUCUUCCGCAAACAAUCUACAAAGGUCAAUGUGAAUCACAAUCGGUAUGUGAUGUAGUUACAAAAGCGUUAAGCUAUCACAAAUGUGCUCCCAUGUGUUGUAACACUGAUUUCUGUAACGACCAUUGUAGUAUUCCUUCCAUGACGACAGCAUAUCAACAAACAACCCUUCAGGCCACGCAGACAUCAGAGAUACUCACUUCUCAUGCAGCGCCAACACAGCAACCAACAAAAGCCACGGAUCGACCAACAAGACCUUCUGGCACUGCACACUUUCACUGUCACAUACCAUACAUACAUAUAUGGAAUGCGAAUACACAAUUAUGUGUUCACAUUGUACAUAUGCAUAGCACUUGGGAGCAUGCUCGUCAUGCAUGCAAGCAAGAAGGAGCAGAUCUUGUUGUCCUGGAUACGCAUGAAAAGGCGUUGUUGAUGAGGAGCAAACUUGCAGCGUCUGAACAGAACAGUUUUUGGAUAGGGAUGCGAGACUUUAACCGAAACGAUCGUUUCUUAUGGGUAAACUAUCACACCGUAGAUUAUUCUAAGGCGGAUUGGGACCAUGGUCAACCCGACCAUUACCAUUACAACGAGGAACAAAACUGUGUUAUGAUGACAAGUAAUUCGUACAGGUGGCACGAUGCCAAUUGUCAUAUAUCUCGUUAUUAUUAUAUCUGUGAACGACGAUAAAGGCAUUUAAAUGUU